AUGGGCUACCACGAGAAACGGAAAAAUGUGAUUUUCAUAAUUAUUUUAACUUUACAAAAUGUUUCCACAAUGCAACUAUAUGAAAUUUUACAACACAAUGUGGCACUGGCCCAAGCGGAACAGGAAUUAUGGCUAAAGCUACUAAGGCAAAUCGAUCAAGAGGAAAAUUUCGAAAUAGCCUUAGUUGUGGGUGAAAUGAAAAAGGAUUUUUUGGAAAUUCUAUUGGAGCUGCAAUUGGAUAAAAGUGUACUUAUCAACGAGGAUUUCGAUGAAGACUUUAACAUGGACUCUAUGAAUUCCAAAUUUAUAACAAUUGCUGUUCUGCCAAUGACCAUGGAAAUAAGUGAGUUCACCGAAAGCCUGGCAAAUAAAUUGGAUUUGCGAAGAAAUAAUCCUGUAAUUGUCAUCCUGGAACAGCACAGAGGAAAUGUGGAACAAAAUGACAUUGAAUUACUUUUCCGCCAAUUUAUCUUUUACAAAAUGUUGAAUGUUCUUGUAUUGUUGCAGGAUUUUGCAAUGACACAAAUGUUGUAUACAUUUAAAGUAUUUCCAGAAUUUAAGCUUCAAAUCCAAAAAUUGGAGAAUUUUGAAAAUCUCUUGCCCAGCAAAAUGGACAAUGUUUAUGGCAAGGUUUUGCGAACAAUACCCGAUCAAGUUAUGCCACGUUCUGUCGUUUACACCGAUGAGUGUGGGAAAUUACAAGUCACCGGCUAUAUUGCCCAAUUUAUACGCAUGUUUGCCAGAUAUAUCAAUUCUACACUCAAAUUUCCAGACGAUAUGAUACCUGGGAAUACUCUUUUCUAUCGAGAUUUUGUAAAUUGGACUCAAAUGGAACUACUCGACUUGCCGUGCAGCAUAACGCCCCUUAUGAGUGGUGAAACUGUGUCCCGUAUGUCAUACACGUAUGAAGUGUUGAGUUGGUGUCUCAUGAUACCCGAAGAGGAUCCGCUCACCUAUCAAGAUUUUCUCAAAGGUUUUCUGACAUUACAAAUGCUUGUGGGCAUAUUUGUCAUGGAUGUGAUUUUUACCACUUUACUGACCCUGUCACAACAGCUGAUGUACUACAGGAAGUAUCACACCUUCGAUGUGGAAAUAUCAAAUAUUCUCAUAAAUCCCCAGGUUAUUUUGGCACAUUUGGGCUCCUCAUUUAAGCUGAAUGCAUAUCCAGGCUUAUCGCUACGCAUCAUUUACGUGGCCCUAUUCGUUUCAGGACUCCUAUACACGACAGCCUUCUCCGUGCAACUGAAUGCUUUUCUUACACGUCCCACUGUCCAGAGUAUAACCAGUUUGGAAGAUAUGCUGAAAUAUAGAAUUACAAUACUAACAGCUAAAAACGAAUACACCACGCUAAUGAAACUAUCCGGCGAUCACUUUAUACCCUAUCUUUCAUUAUUCAAAGUAAUCGAAUCAUACACGGAAUUUGCCGAUAUGCGUACCGCCUUUAAUCGAUCCUAUGCCUAUCCGGUUACCUCAUCUGUCUGGCAUGUCUAUGCAACACGACAAAAACUAUUUUCCCAGCCAAUGUUUCGUCGAACCGAUGCCUGUUUCAAGAGUUUAGAUCUAAUGGCCUUUGUUUUGCCCCGCAAUUCCAUAUACAAACAGAAAUUGGAUAUCCUAAUUGCGAGAGUGUCGGAUAUGGGUCUUAUAUCGUUCUGGCUGAAGAAUAACUUCUACGACUUGGUCAAAAUCGGAAAAUUCAGUUUCGAAGAUUUAUCGAAAUCGGAAGCAGUUACGUCCUACAUUAAAAUGGAAGAUUUUUAUUAUGUUGUGACUAGUCUGAUCAAGGCAUUUAGUUUUAGUUUUAUUGUCUUUGUUAUGGAACUCAGUUGGUUUUAUGGUUCAGUAAUUGUAAGGAUUAAAUUUUGUAAAGUGAGAAUAAAAGAUGAAAUCGAAUAA